GCUGUUGAAACGUUGUAGUUUUUCUGGAGCCAAAAGACCAUACACCAUAAAGGAAGAGRGCUAUAGAUUGCACUACAUUUCCCAGAAGGCUUUGCGUCCUGGUCGCUCUCUUUCGUCCUUCCCACAGUUGCUAGCUAACGCUUGUGUUGUUUGGACCGAUAAGAUGGGUGUAUCGGAUUUGCAGUGCGAUAUAAAUGAUGGACCUUUGGUGGAUCUUUCAGCUAGGGGCAUGCAGAAACUGGACCCCAGUUUCACCUGCUCRGAGGACACCCACACGCUCAUCUUGGACCGGAACAACAUCAUGAAGCUGGACCACCUGGAACGAUGCACCAGCCUUCAGCAGCUUUCUGUAGCCAACAACCGUCUGGUGAGAAUGAUGGGGGUGUCUCAGCUGACAGAUCUGAGAGUGCUGAAUCUUCCCAACAACAGUAUCGGCUACAUCGAAGGACUGCGAGAUUUAGUUKAUCUAAAAUGGCUCAAUCUGUCUGGAAACAACAUUAAAGUCGUUGAGCAGCUGAACAGCUGUGUCUCGCUGCAGCACUUGGAUCUGUCUGACAACAACAUAUCUACCAUCGGUGAUCUGACUAAACUGGUGGCAUUAAAGACACUGCUACUCCAUGGGAACAGCAUUACAACACUCCGUACUGUUCCUGCUCAUCUUCCUGCUCAUUUAUCCAUCCUCUCCCUGGCAGAAAAUGAAAUAAGGGAUCUUAAUGAGAUGUCCUAUCUGGCGCCUCUUCAUGAGCUGGAGCAGCUGUCUGUCAUGUGCAACCCGUGUGUCAUGGCGACGCCCUCGCUGCCGGUUUUUGAUUAUCGACCGUACAUCAUGAGCUGGUGCCUGAGCCUGAAGGUCCUCGACGGCUACGUGGUGACACAAAAAGAAGGUCUCAAAGCAGAGUGGCUCUACAGUCAGGGGAAAGGUCGCUCAUAUCGACCCGGGCAGCACGUCCAGCUGGUUCAGUACUUGGCCACCGUUUGUCCUCACACCGCAUCACCAGCCAUGGAGACUGCGGAAGACGCCAAACUGGAAAAGAUCCUCAGUAAGCAGAGAACCGGUGGUGCAGUUUAACACCUGGGUGAGCUGUGAUUCCUCCAGUCCGCCGCUGCCGGCCCGUCGCAGCCCGAAGCUCACAGGCGAGCACGUUUACCUGGAGGACGUGCAGACCGACGAGGACAAACUCAACAGCAGUUUGCUGUCCUCAGAGUCCACCUUCCUCCCGUUCGCCUCUGAUUUUGAGCCACAAGCGCUCCACUCGGACAGCGAAGACGAGACCGAGACGUUUGAACCCGAUUCUCUGGCUCCGACGCGUCCAUCAGAACACAAAAGGCACGGCAGAAAUAAACUGAAUAACCCAACAGAUAAAGAAGAGAGGGAGACUCCUAAAGAGGAGGUUGUUUCUGCUGCCAGCACAGCAGCUGGGUCAGGGGUCAAAGUUUGCACGCCACAAAACGUGUCAAAUGUGUCCUGUGACUUUGGUAAAGCAGCUGUGAAAGAAGCUCCUCCGCAGGAACAAGUGGGCCUCGGUGUCAGAGAGUUGGGCUCGAUGGAAGCAGAGAAGGCAGCUGUUAAAAUCCAGUCCRGCUGGAGGGCACACCGCACUCGAUGUUUUCACCCUGCAGCCAGAGAGGCACGCGGGGAAAUCCGUCUGCGCAGGAUGCAAGAACACGUCCUGUUUCUGUCCGACAAACUGGACACUGUGCAGAAGCAGUACGAGGAGGAGAGGUUGCAAAGGCUGGUGCAGGAGGAGGCUGUGAAGUUUCUAUGGAAAGAGCUUCAGUCCAUGCAGCAGUGGAAGCAGUCUGUAGAGCAGAGGUUGGCAGCGGUUAAUCAAGACGUCAGCCCGGCUCAGAUCUCCUCUCCUGCCCUGUGUCCGGCGUCCCCGCCUGUCGUCGCCACAAAUUCGCCAAACACCGGCGUCUCCUUCCCAGACUCUGGCUUUGAGACGACCAGCGAUCACCAGGCGGCUCAGGAGGACAGCUUCCACAGCAGCAGGACGGCGGACUCUCUAAAGACGGUGCGAGAGCUGAGCCCCACCGGGAACGGAGUCGCCGCUGGGAGCGAUGCUGCGGACAGCGCCGACUGCAGCCUGCUGGAGGAGUACCUGUCCUCUGUGCAGCAGAGGGAGGAGGAAGCAGAGGAAGAAAUCAGUGAUCGAACAGAAACGCCACGGCUCUCUGCACCAGCCUCACCCAACAGGACCAACACCUCCCCACCAACGCAGAAGGAAACAGAAACAACUCCUGACUCUGUUUGACCGCCCUCACAUAACGAACAAUUCCCCCAAACUACAGUGAAUGUAAUGCAAGUUGUUUUUAAUACCUGUUAUGCUAUUUAUAUUUACUUUUCGAUAAAGAAUUGAUUGAAUGUAGUGUUGUAAAAACUGUUAUUUGCUAAAAACCAACUUGUUUAUAUAUACAUCAAAAACAUGGUAAAUUAUAUUAAAACUGAUGUAAACACACGCUUUACUGCAGAUAUAAAGUGUUAGUGUCUGUUACCAACAUAUGUCUAUCAGCUGUGUUCUAAUCAAGAUUGUUAGAUGUUUAACAGUAACACUAUCUUAUAAACAGUCUAAAUAAACAUUUAGUCAUACAUUUCUAAA